AUGGAGGACAAACUGGAUCCUCGUAUGAAGCACAGUUUCCGCUGGCGUCCAGAGACGGCUGUAAAUCGCAAGUGGGAGGAUCUGCAGGAUAGAUUUGGCCCUGAGGGGUCAAACAGGAUGAUGAACUUUGGCGACAUUAUAGAAUGGACUAACAUCCAACCUGAGAUUGCAGAAGCCAAACUAUAG